AGCCCCCGCCUCGCACCGACUGCACCGACAGCAGCUCUCCGCGCCCCGGCACCAUGAAGAGGAUUAUCGCAGUGUUUGGAGCCAGCGGGGCUCAGGGAGGCUCGGUAGCGAAAGCUCUCCUGGAGGACGGCACCUUCGCCGUCAGGGCCGUGACCCGCGACCCCAGCAAGCCGGCGGCCCUGAAGCUGAAAGAGGCCGGGGCGGAGGUGGUGGCUGCCGACCUGGAUGAUAAGCGGAGUCUGGAGGCCGCCCUCAGCGGGGUCUACGGAGCCUUCGUGGUCACCAACUUCUGGGAGCAUUUCAGUGUCGCGAAGGAGAUCGCGCAGGGAAAGCUGAUCGCUGACCUGUCGAAGAGUCUGGGCCUGAAACACGUGGUCUUCAGCGGCUUGGAGAACGUCAAGAAACUGACCGGGGGCAAACUGGAGGUUCUUCACUUCGAUGGCAAAGGCGAGGUGGAGGAGUACUUCCGAGCCAUCGGGGUCCCAAUGACCAGCGUGCGACUUCCCAGCUACUACGAGAACCUGCUGACCUUCUUCAGGCCUCAAAAGUCGCAGGACGGGAAGACCUACAGUCUGAGCCUCCCGGUGGGCGACGUUCCGUUUGAUGGAUUUUCCGUGGCCGAUCUUGGUCACGUGGUGGUCAGCAUCCUGAAGUCUCCAUCAGAAUACGCGGGGAAGGACAUCGGUCUUAGCGCGGAGAAGCUCACGGCGGAGCAAUACGCAGCCAUCCUGUCCAAAGUCACGGGCAAGACCAUCAAAGACGCCAAAGUUUCUCCCGAUGCGUACGAGAAGCUGGGAUUCCCGGGAGCCGCAGAGCUGGCCAACAUGUUCCGCUUCUACAUGAUGAGGCCCGACCGGGACGUGGAGCUCACGCUCAAACUCAACCCCAAAGCCAAGAAGUUCCAGCAAUGGUUGGAGGAGAACAAGGACGCCUUUAAGGACUUGUAAUCAAAAUAAGGAAAUGCAGACCUUUUUUUAAUCACGUGCCAUCAGCGCCAUGACAUCGACUUCGAACCCGGAAUCCUAACAAUCUAACUCUACAGAAAACACAACGUUCCGCGUAACGAGCGAUGAUGUCAUUAAUGGCUUUCUUCUGUUUUGUGUUUGUAAUAAACAGAAUAUUCUACUGUU